CAGUGGAAUGAUGGACAUGGGAUACGGCGACUACCAGUUAGAGGCGGCCGUCAGUAAGAUUCACGCAUCGGAGGCCGCGUGGUAUGUGUGCGAUGAGGCCAUACAAAUACUCGGGGGUAUGGGUUAUAUGCGAGAAACCGGACUCGAGAAGAUUUUGAGGGACAUCCGUAUAUUCCGUAUAUUCGAGGGAACCAAUGAUGUCAUGAGACUCUUCGUGGCGCUCACGGGUUUGCAAUACGCCGGCGGACACCUCAAAGAGUUGCAGCGGGCGAUGAAUAACCCGGUGGCCAACUUGGGAGUCAUAUUUGGUGCCGGCACUAAACGAUUUGCCCGCACUGUUGGCCUAUCGUCCGGCCCGUCGCUCUCUGAAUACGUGGCGCCUCAGCUCCGGGACAACGCGGCACUGGUCUCGAAGUCCAUCCAGAACUUUGGCGCAUCCGUUGAACACCUGCUCAUCAAAUACAACAAAAACAUUAUCAACGAACAGAUGCUUCAGCGACGACUGGCCGACGCGGCCAUUGAUAUCUACGCCUCUGUAGUA